AUGAUUGAUUGCGUCGGACCAUUACCUAAAACUAAGCGAGGUAAUCAAUAUUUAUUGACAAUUAUGUGUGUUUCGACACGUUUUCCUGAAGCAAUACCACUUCGAACUAUCAAGGCUAAAACCAUUGUAGAAGCACUUACAAAGUUUUUCACUUUAGUUGGUCUUCCAAAAUCCAUCCAGUCUGACCAAGGUUCGAAUUUCACGUCAGGGUUGUUUCAACAAAUUAUGCACGAACUAGGUAUUAAACAAUACACCUUGUCAGCUUAUCAUCCGGAAAGUCAAGGCGCUCUGGAAAGGUUUCACCAAACAUUGAAGCAAAUGAUUAAGACAUAUUGUUUUGAAACUGAGAAAGAUUGGGACGACGGCGUCCAUUUCCUUUUGUUCGCGGCUCGUGAGUCAGUUCAAGAAUCAUUAGGGUUUAGUCCAUUUGAGUUAGUUUUCGGUCACACGGUUCGGGGACCGCUCAAGCUUUUAAAGGAAAAGUUGCUUACCGACGAUGGUGGUUCAUUGAAUAUUUUACAGUAUGUAACGUACUUUCGUACCAAAUUAACUAAGGCUUGUGACGUAGCACGUAAGAACCUUAAAACAGCUCAAAAUCGCAUGAAGCACAGUUACGACAAAAACACCGUAACUCGGAAUUUUCAGAACGGAGAUAAGGUUCUUGCACUUCUUCCGGUUCCUGGAAACCCCUUGCAAGCUAGGUAUUUUGGGCCCUAUGUUAUAGAAAAGAAAGAGAAUGAUUUAAACUAUAUAAUCAUAACUCCAAAUAGACGUCGAAAGAAACAGCUUUGCCAUGUAAAUAUGCUUAAAGCAUAUCACGAAAGAAAGAAAGUAGUACAGUCAGUAAAUGUAGUGAGUUCAGAUAGAGAUAGGUAUAGUAAUGAGGAUGAAUCUGAACUCUCUAGUUUGUCUGAGACAACAAAAUUGAGCAACUCCGACGUUUUACGAAGUAUGGAUUCGAAGUUAUCUCAUCUUCAACCAUCUCAACGUCAGGAUGUUCUAGACCUUGUUAAUGAAUAUGCACAAUUAUUCCCCGACAUUCCUUCUCGAACUGACAUGAUUUCCCACGACGUUGAUAUUGGCGACGCUUCCCCUAUAAAACAACACCCUUACCGAUUGAACCCAACGAAAGCAAAAUACCUCGACCAAGAGAUCCAAUACCUCCUUGAAAAUGAUUUCAUCGAACACAGUCAAAGCAGUUGGAGUUCACCCUGUAUAUUAGUUCCUAAACCAGACGGUAGUUAUCGAAUGUGUACGGACUACCGUAAAGUAAACAACCUCACGAAGUCGGAUAAUUUUCCCAUUCCUCGGAUGGAUGAUUGCGUGGAUAAAAUUGGAAAUGCUAAGUAUGUGUCGAAGUUUGAUUUACUGAAAGGAUUCUGCCAAAUCCCUUUAAGCGAACGUGCCAAAGAGGUUUCAGCAUUCGUAACACCACGUGGAUUAUACCAAUACAAAGUGAUGCCAUUUGGAAUGCGAAAUUCCCCUGCCACCUUCCAACGCCUUAUCAACCAGAUAAUUUCCCAGAUCGACGGCUGCGAAGGUUAUAUUGAUGACGUGAUCAUUUAUAGUGACACCUGGGAAGAGCAUCUGGAAAUAUUACGAAAGUUUUUCAAACGGUUAAGCGAAGCCAAGUUAACCAUAAAUUUAGUCAAAAGUGAAUUCGGUUGUGGUCAUGUUACAUACUUGGGCCAUAUCGUUGGCCAAGGCCAAGUAAAACCCGUCAACGCCAAAGUCGAGGCGAUUGCAGAUUUCCCACAGCCUACAACGAAAAAACACAUCAUGCGACUGCUCGGAAUGGCAGGUUAUUAUCGUAAGUUUUGCCCAAACUUUUCAUCAAUCACGGAACCCUUGACGCAGUUGCUUCGCAAGGAUAUGAAAUUUGUUUGGACAGAACACUGUCAGAAAGCAUUCGAGAAACUCAAAGCUAUGCUCCAAAAUGCCCCAGUUUUGUCGGCACCAGAUUUCAACCGCCCCUUCAAAUUAGCGGUCGACGCGAGUGAUGUUGCAGCCGGUGCAGUUUUACUACAAGAAGGUCAGUUUGGAGUUGAUCACCCGGUAUGUUAUUUCUCUCGAAAGUUCAACAAACACCAGCGGAAUUAUUCUACGAUCGAAAAAGAAUGUCUUGCACUUGUUCUCGCGCUUCAGCAUUUCGAAGUUUAUGUUUCUUCAACUUCUGUUCCACUCGAGGUGUUUAGCGACCAUAAUCCUCUAAUGUUUCUCCAUAAAAUGAAGAACAAGAACCAACGUUUACUGCGGUGGAGUCUCGUUUUGUCAGAAUACGACAUGAAGAUGGAACAUAUUAAAGGACGAGACAAUUUACUCGCUGACUGUCUAUCACGACCAUGA